CCAUCAAAGGUGUUCUCGGCACCGUCUCCGGGACUCCAGGCUUCAUCAAUACGAUGAAUAUUGGCGCUGAUGGCGUCGUGACUGACAGCACGAAACAGGGCGGUCUUUCUGCCGCCUACUAUUUCGGCGCCAUGUUUGGAGCCUUCAUCGGAGGAUGGAUUGGAGACAGGUACGGCCGAAAAGUUGGAGUCUUCGCUGGCGCAUGGCAAGGUGUUCUAGGCGGCGCGCUGCAAGCCGGCAGUAUCAACUCCAACAUGUUCAUUUGCGCCCGAGUUAUCACUGGACUUGGGAUGGGCUUUGUUAUGGCCAUUGUCCCACCAUGGGUCUCUGAACUGUCUCAGGCGCACGACCGCGGCUCCAACUUCUCUUUCAUCUUCGUGGCCAACUUCCUCGGUAUCACCAUUGCUAACUGGCUAAAUUUUGGCGUACGAAACUCCGAGAUCGAGUUCCGAUGGCGCUUCCCGCUGGGUUUUAUGUGCAUUCCGGUCUUCACCGUCGCCGUCACGGUUAUGUUGCUACCCGAAUCGCCUAGAUGGUUGAUGGCGCACGAUAGACGCGACGAAGCAGUGCAGAUCUUGUGCAAAGUACGAGGCGAUAUCGAACCAACGGACCCUUCGAUCCAGCAAGAGCUUGAGCAUCUCCAUGCCAUUGUCAAGGCCUCCAAGCACCCAAGAAACAGCUACGUCAAUCUGGCUCUGGGCGGACGACACUCGGGCGUGUUACAUCUCGGUCGACGAGCAAUCCUCGGCUUCGCGCUGCAACAGAUUCAGCAGUGGUCUGGCAUCAUUGCCGUCGUCACCUGGAGCUCCAAACUAUUCUCACUGGCAGGCUUCGACGAAUACAAGUCCUUGUGGAUGGGAGGCCUGGUCAAUACGCUGGGAAUGUUCGGGACAGCUGCCGCAGGCUUGGUCAUUGAUCGCAUUGGCCGGCGCAUGAGCCUCCUAGUCUCCUUCAUCAUCCAGGGUAUCGCACUCUUUAUCGUCGCCGCGCUUAUCAAGUCGUCGGAAAACUACGCUGAAAGCGACACUGGCAAGUCCGAGACGCUUGGCCAAGGCGCAGCCUCGUUCGUGUUCAUCUACCUAUGGUUUUUCACCAUGUUCAACAUUGUUCCUUGCUGGCUCUACGGCACCGAGAUCUGGCCGCAAGACGUGCGAGCGAAGGGGUACUCGUUCACUAUCCUUGGGUGGGCAAUUGGCUGUGGCAUGACGACGUUCUUGAUCCCCAUCAUGUUGAGCAAGAUUGGGUGGUACACAUUCAUCUUCUUCGGCAUCAUGAACGCUGUGACGAUUCCGUUGAUUUACUUGUUCUACGUCGAGCCUGCGGGUCACAGCUUGGAGGAGGUAAACCUGCUGUUCACAAGCGAUAGUCCCCUGGUCAAGCACAACAACGCAGAGUUUGACAGGAGAGUUGCUGCUGCGGGGGGGAAUUCGGCUGUUGCGGCGCGCCGACUCAUCGAAGAGGUGGAUGGGUUGGUGAUUCUUGAAGAGCUGAAGAUAGAAGAGGCGAAAAUGUGACCUUCUGUGGUAGUGCCGGACUGCUCAUACUGCGUAGUAUCUGGAUCAAUCCUCGUUCACUCGAUAGCUUUAUCCCAAUCUGCUCUUGUCUGUGCCCACACGCUACGUCUACCGUCGUAUAAGUUUCGUUCGGCACCUGUUUCAACUCGCCAUUUGUCUUUCUUGCUCCAAGAACUCCUCGGCGUCCUGUUCUUCGAUCGCGUCGAGUCCCAGCCGCUCUCCAAUCUCACCUACAAACGUCUUUCCCACAUCGCUAACCUCGAGGCCUUCGACACCCUCGCGCUCAAAGCUCGUCGUGCUCUUCCC